GAUAGCGUCAAAGCGGUCACCUCUCUCCGUUUUAUAUUAAGAAACGGACCAGCGGCGUCUUGCUUCCUCUUUUUGCCUUCUCCUUCUUCCAUCGAAUCGGGGAGGAAAGCAGAUCUUUUGCUUCUCAUUUUUUUUUUCAGAUAUUUUCCCGUGUUAUGGAGUCAUGCGUAUGACCUAAUUUGAGGCAAUAACAACCUCGAUCUUGUCCCUUUGGUUGCUCUAAGCGAGAUUCAGGAAAAGUAAAGCUGCAAUCAUAGAGCAAAUCUAGGAAGAGCAGGAAGCAUCUUAUGGCUGCCUCAAAGAUUCAAGCCUUAUGGAAUCACCCUGCAGGACCGAAAACUAUUCAUUUCUGGGCUCCAACUUUUAAAUGGGGCAUUAGCAUUGCCAACAUUGCUGACUUCUCCAAGCCACCUGAAAAGAUCUCUUAUCCUCAGCAAGCCGCUGUUACUUGCACCGGUGUAAUCUGGUCCAGAUACAGUACAGUCAUUACACCGAAGAACUGGAACCUGUUUAGUGUAAAUGUGGCAAUGGCUGGAACUGGCCUUUAUCAAUUGUCUCGCAAAAUCAGGCAAGAUUACUUCUCUGGGGAAGAAAAGGAACCUCUCAAGGAAUGAAGAUAUUAUGAUCAGAAGAUUUUCUUUGCUAUUACAGCAAUUAACUGACAGUUCAAUGUUUCAUCGGAGAUCUGUAAUCGAAAUAUGCUUUAGCUCUCAAGUCUUUCCACAUAAAUGUGUUUGGAGGAACUCUCUUGAAUAAGGUCAUUUUCGAAUACUUUAAGGAUUCAUGAAAAACAGUAUGUCUCAAACUUUUCAAUGUUUGAUUUCACUUCUUCAUGUUAAGGGUAAUUCAAUAUAACCAA